AUGCCCGGAUUACAUAUAGCAAACGGGGCUGAACCCAAGGACUCCUUAUCCGCGUUUGUAUUUGAUAUCGACGGCGUGUUUAUCAGGGGCGAGAAGUUAAUCCCGGGAGCUCGCGAAACUAUUCGGUUGUUACAGAGACGCAACGACCCUUUCAUCUUCUUAACUAAUGGCGGCGGACAUACGGAACAAAAACGAGUCGAGAAAUUGGGCCAGCGGCUGGGCCUCACUCUCGACGCGAAACAGUUCGUACAGUCGCAUACCCCUUACUACGACCUCGUGUCUGAGUAUGGCGACAAGACAGUUCUAGUCCUUGGGGCCCAUGGAGACCAGAUUCGAGAUCUAGCACAUAAAUACGGCUUCAAAAAGGUCCUCACGUCAUCUGAUAUCAUGGCCGAGCGUCCACUCAUCCACCCAUUUCCGGAGAUGACUAAGGCUCAUCACGAAAAGUACGGGCGCAAUAACAACAUCCUGGACACCACGCCGAUAUCAGCAAUCAUGUUCUGGUCUUCGUCGCGUGACUUGGGCCUGGACUUACAGAUCAUCACCGAUCUUCUGCUAUCGGCCGGCGGCUUUAUCGGCACGAAAUCGCCCAAGAACGGCGAUCCUUCUCUGCCCAACAACGGGUACCAGCAGGACAACCAGCCCAAGCUGUUCUUCUGCAACCCGGAUUUCCUAUGGAGCACCGAGUACCACGAGCCGCGGCUCGCGCAAGGCGCCGCCCUGGCAGCGCUCAAGGGCGUCUGGGACGAGAUGACGGGCGGCAAAGGCGACCUGCUGUACACGAGCAUCGGCAAGCCGACGGAGCCCACGUACGUCUACGCGGAGAAGGUGCUGCGAGAGUACGGCAAGAAGUUGCAUCCCUCCCGCGAGAUCGGCACGGUAUACAUGAUCGGCGAUAACCCGCGCAGCGAUAUCGUCGGCGCCAAGGACUUCAAGUCCAGAUGCGGAUACAAGUGGAAGAGCGUGCUUGUCGAGACGGGCGUGCAUGUCCCUGGCUCGGUGCCUGCGCAUCAGCCCGACCACACGGCGGCGAAUGUUAAGGAGGCGGUGGAGUGGGUGCUGAGGAAGGAGAAGCUUGCUAAUGGAGCUGAGUGAGGGUUACCGGCAUGGGCAUACCAGGAGGGGGGGUGGUCUGGAGUUGUUACCGGAGUUGUGGUCCUAACCUAGGUAGGCAUUUGCGGCUUCUUUUUAGGUCUGCAUUUCGGAACCGAGCGGCAUUUACCCCAGGCAUAUGAGAAGGGUGGGACAGAGGGGGUGACUUGAUGUUUCCUUCGUAUGUAGAUGCUUUCUCCGGGGACCCUGAUAGGUGUAGAACAGUCGAUACUAUCUAGACCAAGUCCACUUUCGCUAUUUUGUUAGGCGAAGGACACGAACUUGCACCGCGCGGUCUUCGAUAUCAGGGAUUUUUAAUACACGAUGUAAUGAGACAUGGUCUUUCUGAGAAUUGAUUUUUCUUUGUUGUAUAUGUGAGGGUGCGGUCGGUCUUUAGAUCUAGAUGUUAUUGUUAUGAAUAUCUUGUUGUUGACUGAAGCUUGAAAGUCAGUAGGCACGAGGGAAGAGAUUAGCUGGCAACAAAGAGUAAAGACUACCUCUCGCACCUUCAAGCCAUGGAAGCCUCUCUGUAAGCCCUCGGGAAAUUUUGAGUAUGAUGGUUCGUGAAUGUGUAGCAUUUUUCAACUGGAUCCACAUUUUGAUAUUCAUGUGUAAUAGAAAUAGAAUUACAAGUCGUCGGCUAGUGCCGUAAACAUGUAUGCUUAAUGGUACGAUGACAUGUAUGUAUAAGCCGGGGGGACCUGGGACGAGCUUGAAAAUAGAAGUUCGGUGUCACAAUGAUACCUAACAAUA